AGCCGUCGAGCCGUCGAGAAAGAAGUCGUCUUUGGCUCUGGAAAGUGGAGGCAGCCAUGAGCUGCCGCCAGAGGCGACGCCCGGGCCUCCUGGUCUUGGUGCCGCUGGGCCUGGCGCCGCUGGCAUUCAUUGGCGGCUCUCCCCCAUCGCGCGCUGCUGGGGUGUCCAGGGAAGCGGCCAAGGCCCAAGGCUUCGGCAAGGCGCCCAAGAAAAAGGCGCCGAAGGAUGAGAAGGAGGAGGGAGAAUCCACUGAGACGGGCAUCGUCAAGGACAAGUCCUCUGCGAAGAGCAAGGCCUUGAGUAAGCAGCGCCUGAGCGACCUGCGCGACAAGACCUUGGCGCUGCGUCAAAAGCGAGAGGAAGAGCUCGAUGAGUACGAGAUGGGCAAAGCCAUGAUCGCAAAGUACGGGCCAGAGGUCGCCGUCAUGCCUCAGCCCGUGGCGGAGCGAGUGGCCAAGCGAGGGAUGGUGAUCGGCGGGUCGUUCUACGCCACCAUGCUGGCCGUUUUUGCCUUCGGCAUCGUACUCUUCAAGACACAGGAGAUCGUGAUCCCUCCGACCUUGAUGGCCUUUGUCACCUUGGCCCUGCUGGCGCUGGCGAUCUUCGGCGGCUCCUACGGCAUGAUGUCUGCCUCCUGGGACCCCGACAAGGAGGGUAGCGCCCUCGGCGCUGAGGAAUUCUCCGAGAACAUGCAGAUCCUGGGCGACGGCUUUCGAAAGGCCACGUUGCAAACGGAGUACGAGAAGGCGCUGGAGCUGCGGAACGAGCGGAGAAAGCUCCUGGAGGCCAAAGAGAAGAAGAAGCGGGAGCUGCUCAACAAGUGAGGGCCGAAGGCCUCAAUUUUCGAAGCCAUUUGAAGCAACUGGAGCGGUGUGUCCCCUACACAUGGUUGUUGUUGG